AUGAACGCCGGGGGUCCGUUCCGCGGGCCGCCCGCCUUCCCGCCGCCGCUGCGCUUCGGGCAGGCCGCCGUCUUCGGGCAGGGCGGCGGCGCCGCCGGCAUCCCCUUCGCCCCCGGGCCUACCGCCGCCUUCGGGCCGCCCUACGGGCUAGGCCAGGCGUCGGCCUUCGCGGCGGCGGGCAGCAGCGGGGCCCCGGCGGGCAACGCGGGGUUCAGCUUCAAGCCGCCCACCAACCUGGGCAGCUUCCCGGGGCCGGGCGAGGCGCCGGGCGGCGGUGGGGCCUUCACGGCGCCCGAGUUCCGCUUCAAGGCGCCCGAGAGCGCCGCCGCCUUCAAGCCGCUGGCGGGCGGCGAGGCGGAGAAGGGCCCGGCCGCCCCCGCCGCCUUCACCUUCUCGCCGCCCUUCGGCUUCGCGCCCGAGGCGGGCCCGGAGGCGGUGGCGGCGGCGGCGGGGCCCUUCUCCUUCUCGCGUCCCGCCGCCGCCCUGGGCCGGCCGGAGGAGAAGGGCCCGCGGCCGCUUUUCGAGGAGCCGGGGGAGCCGGCGCCCAAGGGCCUGAAGCGGAAGGAGGAGCGGGAGCGGUCGCCGCGGCGGGCGGCGGCGGGCGGGCGGGCGGCGGGCGCCCCGGAGAAGCGGGCGGUGCUGCUGAGCCGCCCCCGCGGCGGAGCGCUCUUCGGCCGCAUGCUGCAGGAGAUGCUGCGGAGCCAGGGCCGCGGGCACCGCGACCGCGGAGACGCCACCGAGGCCGAGCGGGGACCCGCCGAGGAACCGCCGCCGCCGCCGGCCGAGGCCCGGGAGCCCCCCCGGGAGGAUGCCACCCCCGUGACCCCCGCCCGCCGGGCUCGGGGCAGCGAGAGCACGGAGGGGCUGGGGGGCCUGUCGCCCGGCGAGCUGACGGCCAUCCAGUGCAAGAACGUCCCCGAUUACCUCAACGACAGGACGGUGCUGGAGAAGCACUUCGGCCAGUUCGUAAAAGUCCGACGGAUCAUGACCAGGCGCAAUAAAAAGAUGGCCGUUCUCCACUUUUUUGAUCAUGCCUCGGCAGUUCUGGCCAGGAAAAAAGCGAAAGAGUUGCACAAAGACAUAGUAACGUUUUGGCAAAAGAAGAAAACAAGUCCAGCAAAGAGAGAAUUUUCAUCCAAGGAGAAGAAAGCAGGUGAAGAUGAAGGAAGGCAAAGCAGCGAAGAACAAAACUAUCAGCAUUCCCCUCUUCGAAAACCUUUAAUAAGAUCCUCUGCCAGCAGCGUCAUGCCUGGUAAAAGUUCUCCGGCAAAGAAGCCCGGUCUUCGAAAGGCGCUGCAGUUUGAAGCGGAUCUGUUUGAUUCUAGUUCUGAAGGGCAGAGCUCAGAGGCCUUGGGAGCUUCAUUGUCAUCUCUUAGUAACCUGGUAGGAUUAGUGGCCGAGACAUCUGAAGAAAGAUACCGUCUUUUGGACCAAAGGGACAAAAUCAUGCGACAAGCUCGAAUAAAAAGGACCGAUCUUGGCAAAGCAAAAACUGUUGUUGGCACUUGUCCAGACAUGUGUCCUGAAAAGGAGCGUUACAUGAGGGAAACAAGAAACCAGCUCAGUAUCUUUGAAUUGCUUCUAGGAUCUGACAAGGUAGAUCAUGCGGCAGCAAUCAAGGAAUAUAGCAGGUCCUCAGCAGAUCAGGAGGAACCUUUACCCCAUGAAUUGAGACCCUCUGAGGUGUUGAGCAUGACCAUGGACUAUUUAGUGACAAACAUUAUGGAUCAAGGAGAAGGAAACUACCGUGAAUGGUAUGACUUUGUCUGGAACAGAACUCGUGGAAUAAGAAAGGAUAUAACCCAGCAACAUCUCUGCAACCCACUGAUGGUGUCUCUGAUUGAGAAGUGCACUCGCUUUCACAUCCAUUGUGCUCACCACUUGUGUGAAGAGCCCAUGUCCUCCUUUGAUGCCAAAAUCAACAAUGAGAACAUGACUAAAUGCCUGCAGAGCUUGAAGGAGAUGUACCAGGACCUGGCUAACAAGGGGAUUUACUGCAAGAGCGAAGCAGAGUUCAGAGGUUAUAAUGUCUUGCUGAAUCUCAACAAGGGUGAUAUUCUCAGAGAAGUACAGCAGUUUCAUCCAGAGGUUAGAAACUCUCCUGAAGUUAGAUUUGCAGUUCAAGCUUUUGCUGCGUUAAACAGCAACAACUUUGUGAGGUUUUUCAAGUUAGUGCAAGCAGCUUCCUAUCUGAAUGCCUGUCUCUUGCAUUGUUAUUUCAACCAGAUUCGUAAAGAUGCUCUCAAAUCUCUCAAUAUUGCCUACACUGUGAGCACCCAAAGAUGUACAGUGUUUCCCUUGGAUCACCUGGUCCGCAUGCUACUGUUCAAAGAUUGUGAGGAGGCAACCGAUUUUAUAAGUUACUAUGGCCUGAGUGUAUCUGAUGGUGCUUACGUGGAGCUGAAUCGCUCAGCUUUCUUGGAGCCAGAUGGAUUACCCAAACCACGUAAAUCCAUGUUUGUCAGCCAGAAGCUAACUGUCUCGGUUGGGGAAGUUGUGAACGGUGGGCCGUUGCCCUCGGUGCCACAUCACGUGCCUGUAUCCAGCUUCAACGGCCAGAACAAGUAUACCGGCGGAAGCACCUCUGUGGAUCAAGCUAGUAGUGGCCAAAAAUCCAGCGUGGAAGCAACAGAAGGAAGAGUGGAAAGCAAAGGUGUGGAUUUAGAUGCUGCAGCAGUAAGAGUCCAGCCCCCAGCUCAUCUUCUGCCCUCGUUGUUGCCUCGUCAGCUUGUGCCAGUGCUGCCUCCUGCGCCUGCAAUCUCCCAACCUGCUGGGCAACCUGAGCCUCUCUCCUCAAAGCUUCAGCCUGUCUACACAGACACAGACAUCGCCGAAGUGGUGGACGGGCUUGUGCACGACGUCCUCAAAGGAGAGUGCAGAGAAGUCGGCAGAGCAGGAGUGGCUUACGUGACUGCCGCCAUCUGCACCUCGGAGGCCGCCGUGGAGGAACUCGUGACUGAAGUGAUGGGGGAGAUCCUCGGACAAGUGGCUGGAAGCGUGCUUAGCGCAGAAAGGGAGCGUGUCAAAGAGGAAAGGCGCAGAGUGGAGGAAGAGAGGCAAAAGCAGGAAAGAGAACAGUUAAUAAAGCAGUUGAGCCAGUUGGUGGGUAUGGAGUUAAUGGAAGAAGUAAUAAAGGAGUGUGUUCAAGAAGCUUCAGCCAAUGAGUUAAAAUGUGCCUUAGAAAGAGACCGGCAAGCCCGUAUUGCCCGGUGUUCAGAAGAAGUCUGUGGUCAUGUCAUGGACCUCUUUCUGGAGGACGAGAUUUUCCAGAUUGCUAAGGAAACCCUUCAGGAGCUCCAGUGUUUCUGCAAGUACUUGCAACGGUGGCGGGAGGCAGUGGCAGCUCGAACAAAGUUGAAACGUCAAAUGAGGGCGUUCCCAGCUGCUCCCUGUUGCGCAGAUCCAAAAAAUAAACUAAAAGCACUAUCCCCCAGUGCUGAGUGGCCUAUAGCCAUGGAGAACUUGUGCAAGAGAAUUGUAAACCUGGGGAAUGGAGGAAAGCUGGGCAUCUCUUGCACGAGAUUGAAUUGGCUGAGAAACAAGACAGUGCAUGAAAUUAAAGUUCAGCACUUCUACCAGCAAUUGUUAAGUGAUUUAGCUUGGACUCCCCUGGAUCUUGUCUCAUUAAUCACUGAACAUAUUCCAGUUCAACAAGAGCAGGUUUUUUGGAAGGUGCUAUUGGUUUUGCCAAAUGAUGAUGAAUAUGCGGAGGAUGAUCCCAACAGGGUACUGGUGGAUUGGUUGAAAGCCAAAUUUAUGGGAGACAAAAGCUGGAAGAAAAACGCUUCACAUACAGAAGGCAGAAUUCAAACACUGACGUUAUUUAAUUCUCCUGGCAUGCAAGGGAGCAGAAGCAUUAAAGUCAGUGUGUGUAUAAAGGUGGCACAUGGUGCGCUGUCCGACUCUGAGCUUGAUACAGCUGAAAUGCAAAAAGACUUGCUUGGAACCAGCGGUCUCAUUCUUCUCCUGCCCCCUCGAGUUCGGAGUGAAGAUGUUGCAGAAGAUGAUGUUUAUUGGCUUUCAGCUUUGCUGCAGUUGAAACAGUUGCUUCAGGCCAAACCUUUCCACCCGACGGUUCCCCUGGUGGUUCUAAUCCCCGGUCAGGAAGAGGAGGCCACAGAGAAAGAAGUAGAAGAAGGUUUGAUGCUGCAGGACUUGAUUUCAGCCCAGCUUAUUUCAGACUACACCAUUGUUGAGCUGCCAGGUUCCAUCAAUGACUUACAAGGCACCAGAAGGAUCUCUGCGGCUGUGGGCUGGCUGGUUUCCCAAUGCCCUGACUCCCUUGAGCUCUGCAGUCAGACCCUUCGGGAGUACGUUGAGGAUGGGAUUGAUGGUGAAUUUGGCAAGCGCUUCUACCAUGACUGGAAGGAGAGGCGUUUAGCUGGCCUGCCGUCUCAGGAGCCUGGGGUCAUCAUAGAGCUGUACAACAGCGUGCUGCAGUUUCUUUCGGAUGUGGCAUCCUCGGAGCACCUUUGUGACUUGUCUUGGCCUGUUACUGAGUUUUCAGAGCCUGGGGGUAACAAGCUGUUGCCCCACCUGCAGUGGAACAUGCCUGAUCACCUGGCCUGGCUGAAGAAGGCUGUGCUGUCCUUCCAGAUCCCAUACCUAGAUCUGCCUCCGUUAGGUGCUCCUUGGCGUCCUGUUUGCCGCAUGAUUUUUCAGUAUGUGUCUCAGAUUGCUAGUUCUUCUCAUACUCAACCACUGAUCCAGUCACAAGUGGAGAAUCUGCUGAGCAAAACUUACCAGAAGUGGAAAAACAGAACAUCUGGGAACUCUGCUGAAGAUGGACCUUCCGUUGAUGAGAUCCCUUGGGAUGAGAUCUUGGCAGUCUGCAUCGAUCAUAAACUGAGAGACUGGAAACCACCCAAACUGCCUAUUGCUCCAGAAGCAGUAAGUGAAGACGGUCAGAUUCGUGUGUACUUCUUCAAGGAGCAUUUAAAGAACUUCACUCUCCCUUUUUCGUGGGAGCAAGCCAGACUGCGCACGCAGGAGGAGAUCCGGCAAGGCCACAAGAGGUCAAGGGUAAAAUCUCCUAACUCUUUUAAGAAACCCUAUAGCAUCUCCGUGAUGCCAGGUCGAUAUGGUUCUGGCAUGAGCAUGCUGUCAGGUCAAGAAAAGAGCGUUCCCAGUGCAGAUGAAUUCACGGACACAGCCUCGGCCCAGGAGCUUCUCCCAGAGCGUCUGUUGGCACAGUUGCAACUGGAGAAAAUAGAAAGCAGGAGGUUCGAAGAACAGUUGCAGCAAUGUCUAGCUGAGGACAUUGAGCCCCUUGGUGACUUCAUAGGUCUUCCUCUCUACCUCCCCCAGUCUCUGGUCUCCACCCCAGCUGUCACCGGUCCGUUGGUGAAGAGUCCCGCGUCAUCUGCUCAAGAGGCUGGGAGCCAAGAGGGAUGCAAGCUUUUGGCGGAGGAGCUACGCCCCACGCUGUCGGACAGACUGAAACACUUGCAGCGGCUCCUCAGAGCGAACAAGGAGGGUGAAGUGGCCUCCGAGCUCCACCUAUCCGCUCUGGCGGACAUGGUGGAUAUUUGAGCAGAGCUGAGAUACGGGGCACGUUCCAGAAAAAGCAGGUGUCCUCCCAGGAGAAGAACACGGAGCAAACGUGGGGCCUGGGCCCUUCUCGCACGGCUGCCUUGCACAGAGGCGGCGUGGCGUGGCGGACUGUGUCCCUUUGGCUCGCUGCUGAGCUUUGGCUGGUCUGGGACUCCCCCUCCUUUUCCGCUUCACAGGCACGGAGACGAGUCAAAUGCUUUUCUUGGAAGGCCUUAAAUUGACACUUGGUGGUGAUUUUUCUUUCUGCCGGCUCUCAUUGUGGGUAAACAUAGCUUCACGAGGAGAAAACUAUAAGGUAGCAGGGGCCCCUGGGAACAUCAGAGCAAUUGCUCUCCAUAGACACAGUCCCCAAGACGUUGUCCCAGCUCUGUCCUUGCGCUUCAUGCAGAAGCUACCUUGCAGCAGCGCUGUGGUUUGAAGUUGCUGUUUUGUUGCCUAGGAAUGUCAAUACAAUUCUCGAGUCGGUGCAACCCUUGGCUGUAUUUUGUACUUUAUGAUGCUCGGUGCAAAUCCAGAAGGACUUUCGUGCUGCUGGGCCCAAGUUUUAUUGUAUUGAAUAUUUACGGCAUUAAAACCAGAUGAGUUGCUUAUUCUACAGAUUAAUUGUUGUGCUGGAAAGCAGGACGCUUUCUUCAGUCUUCAGUAAACAGCUAUGGAGAAAUGAUUUUCCUUUUUUGGAAGAGCAGACUACCUGCAUUCUCCAGUAUUUAAAAAGCUGUGGCUUUGGAAGUUGAAGACCUUUGGUUUUAGUUUAAUAUUGAUUCCCAGUAAAUAGUAUGAGGACGUACUUCAUGUCUGCGGUACUCCUGCACAAGUAAUCUUUUUUUUAUUAUUACAAUAUCAGCAGGUUUUUCUCAGACAGAAACCUCUGCCUGGUGAAAUACAAAUUACUGCAGCUUUGGCAGUAAACACUGAUUAUCUUGCCUGCCAGAGGACAGUUGUUGGACUUGCUUCUAAUCUCAUUUGAAAUUUUCAGUAGUCCAAAACUGUCAGCUGCCUUCCAAAAAAGUAAUUUUGUAGUUGUUGUUUUUCUUUAUUAAUAGCAUUUGUGUUAUUUCUCUUAAACCUAGAAUAGCAACAGUAGCUUAAUAUUAAAGUUGAAAUGAGAAAUUUAGACUUGAAGAAAUUACGCUUUGAGGCUGUUCAUACUACGUAGACUUUUGUUGGGCUGAGUUGUGUUAACUCUCGCCGGUCGCAUGCAAAGCGGAGCCUGCGUGAUGCUCUCCGCCGUGCUUUACCCCAGCGCUGCCGUCGCUGUUCUCGGUUUACCUGUAAAAAAAAAAAACCAAAAAACCCCGAAGUGUUUUGGGACGUGGUUCACGCCAUCUGAUGUAAAUGUGGUUUUGUACCUAAUAAAUUCGUAGCGGCUUGAAGCGUCCUGUCGCCUCCUUGCUCCUUCGG